AUGUCGUCCGGUUCCGUUAGUGGAUUUGACCCAUGGAGGACUUAUCACGAGAGUCCUGCUGAGCAGGCAGCAAUUAAGGAACGAGCGAAGUUCCGCGAUGCAAUGAAGGAGGAAUACCGGAGGAUUAAAUCAAACCCCUUCAACCCUCCACAAGGCGUCAUUGUAUGUUGGAAAAUGUGCAUCGCGAGCUGUCGUUAGCUCCUUAGCUUUGCUUCUUAUCUCUUCUGGCCUUUGAUUUAUUGACUGAAAUGACUUUUUAUAUGGGAGUCUGCUAUUUUACGAUCCCUGUUGCCUCCGUAAUAUAUGCUUAUCGGAUAUACGUUACUGAGGAAGGGACGUUCUACUCUUCCCAGAAUAGACAAUAUUCCGGUCUUUUAUUACCUAUAGCUCAGAAGACCAUCAAUAGCCAACUACAUUUCCACAUGAGCUGCCACGAACAGAGCAUUCUUACGUACACGGGAAAGUCUGUUAACCUGCCUUCUCAGUCCCCGCUACCCUCAAGGGCUGCCUGCAAAUUGUACGUUACCUCCUACAGCGUUCUUUAAUCUGGAAAAAUCUAGGGCACGAGUGGGAUCAAUAUAUCUUUGUUUUGAACGUGCGCGCGUGCUAUAUUACAUCGUAAUAUAGCCUCCUGUCGUAUAUAUGACCGCUGUCAUUGGUAACAGCGCUUUCUGCGCCCUCUAGGCAUCCUAUUUGAGUGCAUUCUGCAGCACGUAUCGGGGAUGAUGCAUUUCUUAUAUUUUCCCGAAAUUCAGGGAAAAACCGUAUUUUUUAUAGACUUCGUCCAGAAAAAGAUCAAUUCAAUGGAAGACAGACCGGAAAGCUAACUCAGGGAUUUUGCGCAUUCACAACUACUUGUCUUGGUGAUAGCAUUGCUCAGGUUAACCGGGUCACGAAUGGCCUCUUUUAAUUAAAAGACAUAGAUAGUUUUUGUUUAGCUAUUUAUUGACAUCGCACCCAUUCCAGAGGUCUAUGCGGAUCCGAGAGAUAGCUUAUUGAACUGUUCCCGCAUUUUAGCUGCAUUUUACCUGUCUGGUGGAGUUUCUGGCUCAAUAUUACAGAAAGUAUCCGGUUUUGUAGGUUAACUGACGCAUUCUUUAUCAUGCCUGAUACUGCUGGCCUCGGUGAUGUCACGCAUCAUACCUCCCUCCAUACGUGACGAUUCUCAGCAGUGGACGUAGACAGUUUAACCCAUUCUUUCCUCUAGCGACGGAGAUCGAAUACAGGAGGCCCGAGGACCAUUUCCAUGUCUUGGCGAACUGUGUCGAGCCAGGUUUUGAGUUGACCUCUUCGACGCCUCCAGAUUGGCAUCGGCGCCGGAUUGAGUACAGUAGCACUGAGAUCGUAAGGCGGAUCACGAAGAACAUCCCUCAUUGGUCUUUCUGUGCUGGGCUGAGAUAUCCGCACGAUGCUGUGGCAGUGAGUGCGGACCGCUUCAUUAUAAAAGUCGGUGUGCUUCACUCGAAGUAUGAUCCUCAAGCAACAGUGGUCAUAUACGUCCAGUUUUGUUCAUCCACCUUUGAAGCCUAGCAUUCACAACUGUAGAGGUGGACUGACUGGAUGGAUUUACGGUGCACGCGGGUUUUUAUGACGAUAUAAAUGUCGCGUCGAGUCCAUAGGCACUUUCUAGAGGCUGAGGAAACCCUAUGGCAACAUCGAUUCAUGGAACAAUGCCGUCCUUAUUCUGCCAAUGGGUUGCAGCCUUGUCACGAGGUACUUGAAACCAUCUCCUUCAAGUUGACAACCAUUAGUCCCGAAAGGUUCUUUCUCCUGGUCAGAAAUGCAGCUCGAAAACACCUUAGUUUUCCCGGUGUUUAUGGACAAGCCGGCGGAUUUCGCGACUUCAAUCCAGACACCACAGACCGUAGGCCAUCAAAGCCUGGGUCUAACAAGUCGAUAUCAUUAGCGUUGUCGAGAUCAGUUAGCCGGCGUCCGGGUACAAACUAUUCCGCACAUAUGACUAGCCCCUGUGCAACUGCCUACAGGACUCUAGGGCUAGCUCCUAAAUACAACAAGGCGAGCAUGGCCCAUGGUCCAUUCCUGGCUUCCCAUGCUAAUCGGAUUACAGUGCCAUCGUCACACUUUGUGGAGCCUUUAACCCUCCGUCCCCUGGCAGCCCUUUUGGUGCUGGUCCUCGACCGCUGUUUGCCUUCAUAAGCUGUCUGUUUUCUUAACAGUCAUUUACGCCCAUUAAUGUUAUAUAUUAGGGCGAACAGUUUGUGUAACCUGUUUGUGGUUGUCUAGUCAAAUUGCUGUCUAGAUUACGGCCACUCGUUAGAUCUGCUUAAUCUGACUUUUUUUUUAUCCAGCUUUCAGCCAGCCUCUAGACCCACUGACCAUCCUGUCUUCCCCAUUCGUACUAAGCUAAUAAUUCCAUCGCACCUGAGCAGUAACUUUUUGGGGCGUCAGUAAUUUAAUCCAUACAUCACUGCCGAAUUUUGGCAUUUAUCGUCUUCCCACACUUAAAAAUAUUCAUAUUAAUUUAGUAGUCCAUUUACAAUUCCGACCUGGACGAUAUGGUGUGUUCACCUUGGCUGUGUGACUAGGCAAAAUUGUAUAAUCACAGUUAGUAAGUUUUAUUUGACUAGACUGAUCUUAUUCAGUCUCCUUCAGCCAACCAAAACAUUUGUCCUGCCGUUGUUUGCUCCCUGCUUUGCAGCAUGACCCAGCCAUGCAACGAUGGUUUUCCGCGCGGGUUACCUAUGCUGAGUACUUAAAACCUUCGAAAAAAGGAGCCCUCGUCUCCCUUCUUUUCUUUGGAGUUGCUGCUGGAUUGUAUGGACUAGCUACCAGGCGGAGGGUAAAAUAUGCUGCACUUAAUUAUAUUAGUAACUUUCAACCGUUUUUAAGCCUCUGCGUUACUUACUUUCUCAUUUUUACCCUUAAAUUCUUUUAGAACAGGCUGUUGGAACCGAUCGAGAAUGGUCAAAUCAGCUACCGGGAGCGUGCACUCACGGUCGUACCGAGAUAA